CUUCUUCCUCGCGCCGCCUCGUCCGUCUGGCCAGGCCUUGCAGCGCUUCAUCACGCCUUCUCACGCCUCACCCCGCUAAACGUGAAGCUUGCGGAACAGCCGACCGCCUCAGGAGAUCUCUUGCUGCCUCGCUCUGACGCGCGCGAAGGCAUGCCUUUGAAAACACUGAAAAAUACACACAACAAAUAUUGAGAGAUGGGUUCUAAGGAAGUAGCUAACAGGCCUCAUGUUGUUUGCAUUCCUUUUCCAGUUCAAAGCCAUAUAAAAGGAAUGCUUAAGUUUGCAAAACUCCUCCACCAUAGAGGUGUUCAUAUAACCUUUGUCAACACAGAGUUCAAUCACAAGAGGUUCCUUAAGUCUCUAGGGUCCAAUUCCCUCGACGGCUUGCCUGGUUUUCGAUUCGAAACCAUACCAGAUAGCCUUCACAGCUCAGAUGAAGAUACCACUCAAGACCUUCUUUUGCUUGCUGACUCAGUCAGAAAAACAUUUCUAGCUCCAUUUCAUGGCCUCCUCAAGAAACUCAAUCACACGGCCAACAUUCCUCCAGUGUCUCACAUCGUUUCGGAUGGUUGGAUGGCCUUCACCAUCACAGCAGCUGAAGAAAUCGGAAUUCCUGUGGUGCUCUUCUUCACUAUUUCUGCAAGCAGCUUCAUGGGAUUUACACAGUUUCCCACUUUGGUGGAAAAAGGACUUGCCCCUCUCAAAGAUGAAACCUGGUUAACAAAUGGCUUUCUUGACAAUGUCAUAGAUUGGGUUCCAGCUAUGAAAGGUAUCAGGUUAAGGGAUCUCCCAAACGACUUUAUUACCACAGACCCCGCCGAAGCAUCUUGGAUCUUCUGCUUGGAAGCAAUCCAAAGAUUUGGUAAAGGUUCAGCAAUUGUUCUUCAUAGUUUUGAUGCAUUGGAGAAAGAAGUUUUGGAUGCUCUCUCGUCCAUGUUUCCACUUGUUUAUGCAAUUGGCCCUCUCCAGUUACUUCUUAACCAGAUACCAGAGCACCCUUUGAAGGCUAUGGGAUAUAGUCUGUGGAAAGAAGAAACUGAGUGGCUCAAAUGGCUAAAUUCUAAAGAACCAAACUCUGUUGUUUAUGUCAAUUUUGGAAGUUUAGCGGUCUUAACACCGGAACAACUUGUGGAGUUUGGUUGGGGACUGGCAAACAGCUACCUUCCCUUCUUUUGGGUAAUUAGGCCUGAUCUGGUUGUUGGUAAAUCGGCGAUUUUUCCACCCGAGUUUGAGGCUGAAACUAAGGAAAGAGGCCUUAUAGCAAGUUGGUGCCCACAAGAGCAAGUCCUUGAGCACUCAUCAGUUGGAGGAUUUUUAACACAUAGUGGUUGGAAUUCAACCAUUGAGAGCCUAUGCGCAGGUGUGCCAAUGCUCUCCUUGCCAAUCUUUACUGACCAGCAAACAAAUUGUCAUUGUGUUUGUAAUUUGUGGGGAAUUGGCAUGGAUAUUAGUAAAUAUGCCAAGAGAGACCAAGUGGAAAAGCUUGUUAAAGAGUUAAUGGGGGGAGUGAAAGGUAAGCAAAUGAAAAACAAGGUCAUGGAGUGGAAGAAACUGGCAGAGGAAGCCGCUAGUCCACAUGGUUCUUCAUCUGCAAAUUUAGACAACUUUGUGAAUCAAGUGCUAUUAAGGAAAAGCUAGAAAGAAAACGUGUCCAAGGAAAUGAAGUAUGGUCACAGGUGCUUGUACAAAUUGAGACCACAAGAAGUGUUUAUAUAACUUCGAUUGUGGGAGGAUAUCAGUUGUGUAUCGUGCUGGAUGAGGACUGGACUGAAGAAGGGGGUUAGGCAACUGGCAGACACAUUCGAACCAAAGACGGGACAUUAACAUCAUGAUAAAUAAUUAUAUAUAUUGAGUCCCGUUUUGAUUGACGGAUCCCUCAAGUAAUGUUAUUCAUGUCCCAAGCUAUAAAUGAGGUUGGAUUCAUUAAAUUGGACAACAAUUCCACAUAUUAGAGGAAAUAAGUCGAAAGGG